AUGGGCAUCGGCACGCACUACGCGCACGUCUACGUGGGCACGCCGCCCCAGCGCGUGUCCGUCAUCGUCGACACGGGCAGCCACCACACGGCCUUCCCCUGCAGCGGGUGCAAGAGCUGCGGCAAGCACACGGACCCCUACUUCGACCCCGACAAGUCGUCGACGCUCCGGCGCCUCGGCUGCUCCGACUGCGUCGCCGCGGCGCGCUGCGUGACCAAGACCUGCCAGGUGAGCCAGUCCUACACGGAGGGCAGCUCCUGGAAGGCCGUGCAGAUGAAGGACGCCUACUACGUCGGCGGCACGUCCUUGACGGAGAAGGCGUCGCGCGACGGGUCCGCGUGGAUCGCGACGCCCUUUGUGUUCGGCUGCCAGACCUACGAGACGGGGUUGUUCCGGACGCAGAAGGCCGACGGCAUCAUGGGCAUGUCCAUGCACGCGCAGACGCUCGUGCCGACGAUGCGGUCCGCGAACGCGCUGGGCCACAAUUCGUUCAGCCUCUGCUUCAUGCACGGCGGCGGCACGAUGGCGCUCGGCGGC